UAAAACUUAAGUGCGCUCAGCUGCUCCUGGAGCUUCAGGGCAGGGUUUGUUUGAGGUUUGGGGGUUUUUGCGUCAUGGCCACACCGCGCAGGAUUCCGCUCACUACCGCCUCUCCCCCUGUCUCUCUUCAUUCUGCUGGUAAUCACCUCAGUGGGACUGGUUUCCUCCACACACAGGGGUUCUUUAACCCUCCUGCUCCACCCUGCCAGGCUGAGAGGACGCUCAGUGCCCGGAUGGAGCUGGUGCUGUUUGAGCCGGAUGACGCGCGCUGUGCGGAGUUUCACUACCCGGAACUCAGUGCGGUAACAGAACCAACGUUAUACACCACCCAUUUACAGCUGGAACCAGACAGAUGUUUUACAGAUGAUGCGUUUCUGUCCCGUUUAAAGGCCAGAGGUAAAGGUGCUGGUGAGACUUUGAGAGAGAUGAUGGGGGAGGGAAAGGAUGGAGAUGGAGAUGAAGAUGAGCUCCAGGUUCUGGCCACAAUGUUCCAGAAGAAAUAUGGCGGAGCGCCUAAACCGAGGAGAGACCGAGUGCAGGAUUUGGUGGACAUGGGCGAUGGAUACGACGACACUGACUCCUUUAUCGAUAACUCUGAGGCGUAUGACGAGUUGGUUCCAGCCUGUCUGACCACCAAGUACGGAGGAUUUUACAUCAACGUCGGGACUCUUCAGUUUCGACAGGCUUCGGGGGAAGAGAACGAGACCGACGACUUUGAGGAGAACGUUCAACCCCAGAAACGCAAAUUGAAAGGAGGCAAGGCGAACAUGAACAGGAAGAAGAAGAAGAAGAGAAAAGAGGACGUUCAGCCUGAAGGAGAAAGCACAAAACACAGCGUUCCACAAAAUGAAUUGUGUAAGCAGCAGUACCUCGAUGGCAUGUUGAGGAAAUUUCACAAGGAGAAGCUUCAGGAGCUCCAGCUGUUCAACACGAGGAGGAAGGAAUCUCCUCCGGGAGAUAACGGCGACCCCACGACUCCGGCCGAGCCCGUCUCGGCUGAUCCGCCGCAGACGCUCGUCGACGGAGCCGGCGCUGAUGAGUUUCACCACGCAGUGACGGAGCAGGAUGAGCUCCUGAACGAUCCGGACCGGGAGACUCGGGCCGAGACGUCUCGGGCUUCUGUUCCUGGUGGUCUACCUCCUACGCCGGGACGAAUCCUGCAGGAACUCACUCGGGACGAUCAGCUGGCGGUUCUGAUCCGCAGACUGGAGGAGGCGGUGUUCCGGGUCAUGCCCGAGCAGAUCGAGCGCUUCAACGAUCACUGCCAGGCUCACUCCGAAGCCAGAGCUGCAAAACUGGAAGCUGUGAAAGAAAAGCGAGCAGUAGAAGGAUCAGACGAACAGGAGGACGAUUCGAGUGGAAAACGACUUUUCGCGCCUCGCAAGAGAUUCCGGUGGAACGAGGAGAUCAGGGGGCCGUUAUGCGAGGUGGUGAGGAUGAAGAUGAGCAGCUACGCGCCCGGCGCUCCCGGUAAUCCGAGUUUAGAGGGGUAUCUGAAGGGAUUUUUGGAGGCGAGGGUGAAAACGCUGUGGCCUAGAGGAUGGAUGCAGUCCAGGAUCCUGCUGAUCGAGAGUCGGAGAGUGCACGCUCACGUCACGGGCGUGGUGGCGAGGAAGAAGUCCGCGGCCGGGCCGAAACCGGGAAAGUGUGAAGAAAACGUGGCCGUUCGGACGGGUCCCGGGAACCGAGCGCGGUCGGGAGCGAAGCCUCGGAAGGUCCCUGUCGCUUGUGGAGACGUGUCGGUUCUGCGGCGACGUCCUGCCGAGGAGGAGAAACCUCGAGACGUCUCGGCUGUCGAGCGAGACGUCUACUUUCCCCCGAGUCUCCUCUGCGGUGCUGUGGCAGCGACGGAGGGCUCGUGUGGAGAUCCGGCUCUUCCCACUCCGUCGCUCUCCCACCAGACGUGGUCUCCUCGCGGUGCUCCGCAAUCACCAGCUUCUGCGACACCUCUGCACGCUUUACCCUUCCCUGGUCUUCCUCGUGGUGAUGAUGAUGAUGAUCAUGAUGAUGGCAAACCUGCCGGUCAUACAGAGAUCUGCAGAACCUCCGUACUCCCCAGCGCAGCUCCUGGAACGUUCCAGCUCUCGCACGACGGAAGUCGGAAUCGUGCAGGAGGACCGGACGCUCCGAGAAAACCGCACUGAGGAAGAGGAACGUCGGGAGGAAACGCAGACGACGACGAAACCCGCGUUCGUUUACAUCCUCGUAACGGAACAGGACUUUCCGGUGGCGAGGGCGCAACGUAAAGGUCGUUUCUGUCGUUCUGUUUAAAACGGGAAAAUUAAAAUCGCUAUAUAUAAUAUAUAAACUCAAAUGCUGUGUUUGACUUGGUUUAAAAGUGAAAAGCUGCUUCGGGCCCACAUUUAUUUUUAUUUCAUUUUCUUUGUUUUGUGAUCUGCUGAAAUCAAUCUUUUUUUUUUUUUUUUUUUUUUGUCCAUUGCAAUGAAAAUGUUACCGUGUACGGAUUAUGCUGAUGUACUGACUCCGCCUCCUGUUUAAAUCCAUUUAAAAGUUUUACUUUGCGACGGAAAAAACGUCACUUCCUUCCGUCGGAUCUUAAAGACGGACGACGAGGCGCAUGACUACGGAGGAUAAAAGCAGUGCCUGUAUUUACAUGAUAUUUAUAAUAAAAUAUGACGAACAUGA